CGGACGACGCCAUAUGCGUCUGCAGUGCUGAUAGUGGACCGGAUGCACUUAGAAAUGUAAAACGUCAAAAAAAAAAAAAAAACCAAAAUGCAAAUGUAAAAUUACGUAUUUGUGACUUUUAAUCCUGUGACUACAGAGAAGACGUGACACGGUGAUGGAUCAUUCUUAAUUUCACUAGCAAAUAUUUUCAAGCUUGCACAGUGUCAUAAAGCUGGAGCCGGUGGUCAAUUUGAAGAAAAUGGAGCAAAACUCAUGCAAAGGAGCCGGGACCGACUUGGACAGAGAUAGCCAGUAUUGUGAGCUGUGUGGUAAAAUGGAGAAUUUGUUAAAGUGUGGUCGAUGUCGCAAUUCUUUUUAUUGUUGUAAGGAACACCAAAAACAAGACUGGAAGAAGCACAAGCAGGUCUGUAAACAGGUUGAAAACAAUUCUCGCCCACCCCAAAAAGACUCGUCCCAAGAUAAGGUCAGGGAGACCGAGUUUCACAGGGCACAGCAAAUGAGCAAAAAAACAAGCUACACGAUUUCAGAAGAAUUACCACAAACAGGGCAUUCUACAUUACAAUUAAACACCUUAAGAGCCACCUGUUAUACAAGGUCCGGCUCUGACAACUUAAGUGAUCAUAAACAAACUGAUGAAAUGUCUAAUGGACAGACACGAUCUUCUUCGCAGAAACUGGCCAGUGAAUAUAUAGUUCCAUGUAUGAACAAACAUGGUAUCUGUGUUGUCGACAACUUUCUUGGAGAGGAUACGGGAUUUCGUAUUUUAGAAGAGGUUCGAUCUCUAUAUUUAACAGGUGAUUUUACUGAUGGACAGUUAGUCAGCCAAAGAAGUGACUCAACUAAGGACAUACGAGGUGACAAAAUUACUUGGAUCGAGGGAAAAGAACCAGGAUGUGAGAAGAUAGCUUUAUUAAUGAGUCGCAUGGACGAUAUUGUCAGACACUGUAAUGGUAAACUGGGAGACUACAGGAUAAACGGAAGGACAAAAGCAAUGGUUGCAUGUUAUCCUGGCAACGGUACUGGAUAUGUUCGUCAUGUGGACAACCCAAAUGAAGAUGGAAGAUGUGUUACAUGCAUUUAUUACUUAAAUAAAGGAUGGGAUGCCAAGGUACAUGGUGGUAUUUUGCGGAUUUUUCCAGAUGGUAAAGCGCAGUUUGCGGACAUUGAGCCCAUAUUUGACAGACUGAUUUUUUUUUGGUCGGACCGAAGAAACCCACACGAGGUCCAGCCUGCCCACGCCACCCGGUAUGCUAUUACUGUGUGGUAUUUUGAUGCUGAUGAGCGAGCUCGGGCUAAAGAGAAAUACUCAGUAGGUGCUGGCGAAAAGGGAAUGAAAGUUGAUCUCAGGUCAUCUAAUCCAUGCUAAUUACGGAGGGUUUCACAGACACACUGACUGAAAAAGAAGAGAUGGGAAGAAUGAAAACAACCUCCACCAAUGAGUUGUUGCCUACAGUUUUAAAGGAUAAAUGUUAGUCCAGAAAGUGGACAGAAUUUAUUUGUUCUUUAUUUCGGUCUAAGUGCAGGGACCAGCAUGCAAAAGUCAAGUUUGUUUUUUCUUUUACAAAAACUUCUGUCUUAUGCAUAUACAAACAUAGAAAUAGUGCCUAAAUUAAGCAAGUAUGUUUGUGCUUUGAUCAAGAGAUUGUAUAUGUAAUUAUUCUUUCUCAGACUCUCCACAACAAAAGGUACAGUCUGUAUAACAUGCAACAAAAUAUACACAAGAAAAAGUGUUCUUUGUGUUUUUUGUAUAUAAGAUUUUUAUGCAAAUUGUGCAAGUGGUUUUAAAACACAGUUCUAAAUUUUGAUUGGACAAGCACGUUAAAGAUUUAGAUAUUUGUUUUUCACCUGUUGCUUAGUGAUUAUGUUGCUGGAAUAUAUUUUCUGAUUAUAAGCAACAUACCUUUUUAGAUUUCACGAUGUC